UCGAUAUACAAACCUCAUGUCGAACAACCUAGUCGCUCAAGUCGAGGUCUAGGGAAUCCUUAUACGAUGCAUAUUCGCAUCACACGGUUCAUGAAAGCCUGCUAGGUUCCAUUCUAUCCACCAUGGAGCCCAUGGAGCCGUCGCUGCUGAUACCAGCUCAUGAGGAGUACGUAGGAGGGGUCUUCCCGGAUCGCUCUCUAUCAGUACUCGCAGUAACAGCGAUUAUGAUAACGUUGGCGGCAGUGUUUGUCCUCUUCCGCAUGGCUUCUAGAGUUGGCAUAGUCAAAAAGUUGGGAUGGGACGACUACUUCAUGAUACUAGCCUUGGUCAUCGCAUUUGGCAUGUCCUUUUCAAUAUGCUAUGCGACGAGAUGGGGGCUCGGGCGGCACGACAUCAAUAUUCCGUUCGAAUGGUUUUCGCUGUUAAAAACCCUUGAGUAUAUCUUUACGGUGCUUUAUCAACCAGCGUUAAUGGCCUCGAAGACGUCAAUCCUGAUAUUCUACCUGCACCUAUCGAAAGGCAACAGUCUCAUCUGGUGGCUUACCAUUGUGACAAUGGUCGUAGUCAACACCGUCGGGUUUGCAUUGACUAUGCUCAGCGUCUUUCAAUGCCGCCCAUUGAAAUCUAUAUUCGACCCGCGUAUAACCGCAUCGACGUGCAUCGACAUUUUAUCACUUUAUCUCUCAUCAUCACCACUAAACCUGAUCACGGAUCUCGCGAUGCUCUUUCUUCCGAUGCCGCUCCUGACGGGCAUGCGGCUACCAAGGAAACAGAAGAUCAUCCUGAUCAUCACCUUUGGUUUUGGCCUUUUUGUGACGGCCAUAGAUGUCGUGCGCGUGGCGUAUCUCCAGCAGGCGUUGGAAACUCGACUCCAAGAAGCACACGACCACCCUGAAGAUCAGAGUCCCAACAACUAUCUCAACUUCCACUGGUAUGCCGCACUCUCAUACAUGUGGAGUGCUGUUGAAGUGAAUGUGGGAAUAAUGUGCGGAUGCGUGCCAGCACUAAAGCCGCUUGCGUCGAGGUUUUUGCCGCGCGUCCUUCGUGAUGAUCGCUCUCCAUCCACUGAGGUUCCUGGUCUCACAUUGCAGACUGCACGCAAGGCAUCCGAGCAGAACGAUUUGCAACCAAUGGUGUCGGAGCCGGAGCAAGUACUCAAUGCUGAGAGGGCAGUAGACGAGCCAAUGGGGAUGAUGGACUUCAUCGAUACUCCUAAUCUGAACCAACUCCCUUCGGGGGUGAGGCCGUCGAUAGCAUCAAACGCAUAUCAUCGACCCGAGGCGGCGACGCCAAGGGCGAGCGUCGCUGAUGAUACAUUUUACGGCUUCAUCGACAUACAGCAGAGACGAAAGCUUGUUAACUUGACGGCCCGCCAGUCGCUAUUCCCAAUAACCAUGGUUACGAUCUUGUUCUUUUUGUGGGGUUUCGAGUACGGACUCAUAGAUGUUCUUAACCGCCAGUUUCAACAGGCAGUAGACAUGUCUGAUGGGCAGCUCGUCGCCCUUCAUUCUGCCUAUUUCUCCGGCUAUUUCGUCGCUCCCCUGACGUUCGGUCGAAUAAUUUUGAAGCGGUUGGGUUUCAAACCGUGCUUUCUGGCUGGACUUUUCAUCUAUGCCUGUGGGAUCCUCGUGUUCUGGCCCUCUGCGGUGCUCACAUCAUUUCCAGCUCUAAUUAUCUCGAACAUCAUCGUCGGUAUGGGGCUUGCGACAUUGGAGGUUGGGGCAAACCCAUUCAUCGCACUUUGCGGGCCGUCUGCAUAUGCGGAGGUAAGACUCAGCAUCUCGCAGGGAAUUCAAGCAAUCGGCAGCCUUGUCAGUCCUCUCCUCGCCGAGCGAGCUCUCUACAAAGUCGUGGCAGACAAGCCAUCUCUUAUCGACGCUCAAUGGGCCUAUCUCGGUAUUGCACUGUUUACCGUCCUCCUUGCCGUCGUCUACUACUACCUCCCGCUUCCGGAUGGCACCGACGAGGACUUCGAAACGGCUCCACCCUCUCGAAACGCCGCCUUUCCUGACCAUACAGAAGUACGCAUCCCAUUCCUCGACCGAUGGACCUGUAUUGGGCGCAUACAAAUCGUGACUCUAACCGCUAUUCUCGGCGUCGGGUCCCUGUUCUUCUACUGCGGUGGCCAAGAAGCGGUCUCCACGUCCAUCGUCACAUACAUUAAUCUGCUCCAUCCCUUCCGAACCCUCACCAUUUCAGGCUACCAAUCCAUAUGCCAUGGCAUAUUUGCGUUUGGUCGCUUCCUCGCCGCAGGCCUCAUCUACUUCAUCAAGCCGCGCCGCAUCCUCCUCUCCUGCUUCCUAGGAGCAUUGAUUUUCUCCAUCUGCGCUAUGAACUUCCGUGACAUCAAUGACGGUGUCCCAUCCGUAACUUUCAUCGUCCUAAUCAGCUUCUUUGAAGGCCCAAUCUUCUCUAUCAUAUACGCCAUGGCAAUCCGUGGAACCGGGAAACACGUCAAGAUGACCAGUACGUUCCUCACGGCCGCUAUCUCCGGGGGUGCUUGUUUGCGUCCGAUCAUGUUUGUCGCAUUUCUUCGCCAUGAUGCGCUUUAUAGCUACUGGGUUGUCGUCAUGGCGUUCGCGUGUGGGACUGUGUUUCCCUUGUGGCUGUGGCUGGAUCCUCGGCCGAAGAAGAUCGUGGACCCUGGUCAGAGGCUGUGUGAUUGCUCGGCGUUGAGGAAGCCGAAGGGACAGGACGAACGGAAGGGUAAGAUGCGAGAGCAAUGCGGAAGUGGGAACGUCAAUGCCGCGAGGGGUCCCGAGCCGAGGGGACAGGAACCGAGUGAGAACAUCUUUGAGAAGGACUGGGCUCUACCUUUCCGCCAGGGGCAGGAAGAUGUAGAGCAUAGUGGUGGAUCGAGCAGGUCACGGGACCAUGGCUCACAUGAGCCAUCGGAAUGAUUCGUUUGCUUUGGUUGCUUUGGCUGUUUUGGCGUAUGUUUACUUUUUGGUAUAACACACAGCGUUGGAUGGAAGCGUUUUGUCUGCACUGAAUACCCCCUCCUUGAAUUUACUGAUCGUUUACACAUCUUUGUUUUAAUCUUCACAACACCACACCAGUCUUCUUGUCUACUGUGC